UCGAGGCUAACGAUCCAUCCAGCAGCCUCUUCGUCGUAUGACACUUCAUUGGGGGCGAGAUGUUCUCUUUGGGUCCACUGUCUUUGAAUAUUAAAGCCCAUCACCCCCCAGGGCAGGGCGCGUAGCGAUGUUGGGAGCUCAGCAUCGCUAUACUGGCGCUCGCAACUCUCUAUACUUAUACCCACCUGAACCUCGAACCGACGAAUCCCACAUCACAAGAUGACAUUUAUCCAGUGCACAGUGUCUAGAGCCAUCAAAGUCGCUGGCGUGGCGGGCUUUGCAGGCCUAGGGAUCUACACCGCGAAGCAAUUCUCUACGGUAUUCGGGGAAUCGAGCGAGCCUACGACGGCGUUUUCUGGAUUCGGGUUCACCACCCUGCGCUUACAGAGCGUCAAGGCUGUUGAUCAUAAUACGAAGAGAUUGGUCUUCGAGUUUCCUGAUCCGUCUGCGCGAAGCGGGUUGCCUUUGACCUCUGCGCUGUUGGCAAUUACCCAUCCCGAGGGCCAAUGGCUUCCUACCGUUCGACCGUAUACCCCGAUUAGUGACUUGGACGAACCCGGGCACGUCGAGUUAAUGGUGAAAAAAUACCCCUCCGGCAAAGCCAGCGGCUACCUCCACUCCCUACAACCAGGCGACACCCUCAAAUUCGCGACGUCCCUGAAAGGCUAUCAAUGGAAGACAAACGAGUAUCCCCACGUCUACCUGCUAGCCGGCGGCGCGGGAAUCACCCCCAUUUACCAGCUCAUCCGGGGCAUCUUAAAAAACCCGCAAGAUACGACAAAGAUAUCCCUGGUAUUUGGGGUUAACUCCGAGGAGGAUCUGCUGUUGAAGGACGAGCUGGAUGCCUUUGCGAAGCAGUUUCCGGAUCGCUUCAAGUAUCUUUAUACGGUUAGUCGGCCGACGCGGGAAGGAGGGGAGUAUCGGAAGGGGUAUGUGGAUGAGGAGCUUUUGAGGAGUGCGUUUAGGGGCGAGAGAUCGGAGAACGUCAAGGUUUUUGUCUGUGGUCCGCCUGCGAUGGAGGAUUCGUUGGUUGGGUCGAACUGUUCGCCUGGUGGUGGUGGUGGUGUCUUGGAGAGGUUGGGGUUCAAGAAGGGGCAGAUUCAUAGGUUUUGAGAGUGGA